AUGGAAGACAGUGUGGAAGUGCAAUGGGAGGAGCUCGAGGUGGAGUACAAAAAGCUAGAGGAGGCGCACCAGGUCUACUUGAGGAGGCUGAAGGAGAUCACCAGCCAGCAGAGCAGCUUCCUGGCACAAAUCGGCCAUCAGAGAUACAGACUGAAGGCGAUUAAUGCGGGCUUGAAGACAGAGAUCAGUACCGAAAGGCUGAGAGAAAUUCGGAAUGAGAGCCUAAAACGGGAGGCCCAACUGCAACUGAUCGAAGAGACUUUGCCCCAUCAAGGCGGGUUGUACCUGAAAAUCAUACUGGGGAACAUUAACGUUGGUUUCCUGGGCCAAGAGGUCAAGUUCAAGUACAAAGACUCGUACGAAAAAUUCAAACUUGUAUGUAUCAUCAUAGCCGCGGUUCUGUUGCUCCUCAACAUGUCACUGACGUCCAGGUUUCUGCAAAAACUGUACUUGUUCUUCCUGGUGUGGUACUACUGUACAUUAACGAUACGCGAAAGCGUGCUGAGAGCGAACGGCUCAAAAAUCAAGGCGUGGUGGAGGAUCCAUCAUGGGUUGUCGGUGUUUGCGGCUAUUGUCCUACUCGUCUGGCCGGAGAACGACACCUGGGACACUUUCAGGGCACAGUUCUUCCGGUACAGCUUGUACAACUGUUUGGUGCAGUACUUGCAGUUUAAUUAUCAGCGCGGCGCAUUGUAUCGGAUGCGGGCUUUGGGGAUGAAGGGCAACAUGGAGAUCACCGUGGAAGGCUUCCAGCACUGGAUGUGGAGAGGAUUGACCUUUCUCUACCCCUUCCUGUUCGGCUCUUACUUGUACCAGCUAGUCAACGCCUACACCCUGUACGAGCUGUACAAUCACCAUCCGGAUGCAUCGUGGCAUGUGCUGGCGAUGUGUUUGUUCAUGUCGGUGUUUUUCAUUGGCAAUUCCAUCACCACGCUGAUGGUCAUUCCCGGGAAGAUGAAGAACAAAAUGCUGGUACGAUACAAGAUGAUGGCGCGCAAACUGUACAAUGUAGUAAACGUUCCAAAUUUGACCAAAAAUAAACCUUUAUAA